GGCCACCAGGACGAACUUCCUGCCGCGACGAGUGUUGCGAGCACCUGGGUGGAAGCCCGCAGGUGGGGCGCGUCUGUCUUCAUCUCGGCGCACUCCCCCUCGGAUCUGGCGGCCUGCACGUGGCUGGGCUCGGGCCCACGCGUUCCCACAAGGCCCCGGGAGCCGGCGGAGGUCGCGCUCCAGCGGCGGAGGGCCCGAGUUGGAGUGCGGGUGGCUGGGGGUGCAAAGAGACCGGCCUACGCAGCGCGCUACAGUCUCUUCGGGUCCCGACAGUCGGCGGUUCCCGUCGUAACUUAAAGGGAAACGUUAACAAUGUCCGGAGCCCUUGAUGUCCUGCAAAUGAAGGAGGAGGAUGUCCUCAAAUUCCUUGCAGCAGGAACCCACUUAGGUGGCACCAACCUUGACUUCCAAAUGGAACAGUACAUCUACAAAAGGAAAAGUGAUGGCAUCUACAUCAUAAAUCUGAAGAGAACCUGGGAGAAGCUUCUGUUGGCAGCUCGUGCCAUUGUUGCCAUUGAAAACCCAGCUGAUGUCAGUGUCAUAUCCUCCAGGAAUACUGGCCAGCGCGCUGUGCUGAAGUUUGCUGCUGCCACUGGAGCCACUCCUAUUGCUGGCCGCUUCACUCCUGGAACCUUCACGAACCAGAUCCAGGCAGCCUUCCGGGAGCCAAGACUUCUGGUGGUUACUGAUCCCAGGGCUGACCACCAGCCUCUCACAGAGGCCUCUUACGUUAACCUGCCUACCAUUGCUCUGUGUAACACAGACUCUCCUCUGCGGUAUGUGGACAUUGCCAUCCCAUGCAACAACAAGGGAGCUCACUCAGUGGGUCUGAUGUGGUGGAUGCUUGCCCGGGAAGUUCUGCGCAUGCGUGGCACCAUCUCCCGUGAACACCCAUGGGAGGUCAUGCCUGAUCUCUACUUCUACAGAGAUCCUGAAGAGAUUGAAAAGGAAGAGCAGGCGGCAGCUGAGAAGGCUGUGACCAAGGAGGAAUUUCAGGGCGAAUGGACCGCCCCAGCUCCUGAGUUCACUGCUGCUCAGCCUGAGGUGGCGGACUGGUCCGAAGGUGUGCAGGUGCCCUCUGUGCCUAUUCAGCAGUUCCCCACUGAAGAUUGGAGUGCUCAGCCUGCCACUGAAGACUGGUCUGCAGCUCCCACUGCUCAGGCCACCGAGUGGGUAGGAACAACCACUGAGUGGUCUUAAAACUGUUCUUCCACAAACUCUUAAAAUGGGAAAUAGGUUGAUGGAAAAUAAACAGUUUCUAAAAA